AUGUUGUUUUACAAAGAUCCAAAAGUGACACACGAUGUGAACAGUGAAGGAAAAUCUCCUCUGUAUAUGGCUGCUGAAGCUCGUUACAUGGAGCUUUUUAAGGCCAUGAUGGAGCAUCAAGAUGGAAAUAACCCUGAUGAUCUUAUGAAACAAAAAAUUCUCCAUGUUUGCUUUGCUGGAAAGAUUGGAGCACCAGGUAUUUUGGACAUUUUAUUGCUGAAGUGGAAAUCUGCCUUUACAUCGGUUGAUGAAAGUGGGAGAAAUCCUCUCUCCUAUGCGGCACUAGUAGGUUAUACGGAAGGAGUUAGACGUAUACUAAAUGAAUUUAGAGAAUCUUCAUAUGUAGCUGAUGAAAAAGGCUUCUUUCCUAUUCACAUGGCAUCUAGUAAAGGUCAUAUAGAUAUAAUCAAAGAGUUUCUGCUGCAUUGUCCCGAUUCAAUGGAGCUGAACAAUAAGAAAAAUCAGAAUAUUCUUCAUCAAGCCUCAGAGAAUGGAAGAGCCAAAGCAGUAAGAUAUAUGCUAAAGAAUCCUCGACUUCAAAUUUUGGUAAAUGAAAGAGAUUGCGAAGGUAACACCCCUUUACACUUGGCCACAAUGGGUAGUCAUCCUAGGGUUGUUAGCAUUUUGACAUGGGAUUCCAGAAUUGACCUACAACUCAUGAACAAAGAAGGAAAGACAGCUCUUGACGUUGCUCUGAGUUGUAGGGCCUGGAUGCCCUCAUUUCGUGAGCGACUGACAUGGCAAGCCUUGAGGCACGCCGAUGCUCAGGGAGCUCAGAGAAAACAAGUGCAGACACAGACACCGUACACGGAAUUUUACAAGGAUAGAGUUAAUACUCUUCUGUUAGUUGCAACGCUUAUUGUCACCGUAACUUUCGCUGUCGGAUUCUCUGUGCCAGGCAAAGAUGAUGACAGCUCGGAGCCAAGCCAUGGAAUAAUGAGAAACGCAGUCUACAACAAGUUCAUGUUUCAUACAUACAUAAUCAGCAACUACAUAGCUUUUUAUAGCUCCUCUACAGCUGCUGUUGCCAUAAUUUGGUCACAAUUGGGUGAUCUUAAUUUGGCAAUUAUUUCCCUUAAAUUCGCGGUAACAUUGUUGGGGUUAGCUCUGACCAUGGUCUCGAUAGCAUUCAUGGCAGGAGUUCAUCUGGUAGUGAGCAAAAACAUAGGGCUUGCCAUUUUUGUCUUAGUCAUGGGCUUGAUUGGCAUCCUUGCUAUAUCAAUGGUAUUUGCUCCACUUUUUUUUCCCAAGUUCCUCACUUCAUCGCAUUACACGCUACAUUUUAUAUUAUCCCUUCCAUUUGUUGGUAAUAGUUACAAGAAGUGAUGUUGAUGACAAUGAUAAAAUCUAAACACUAUGUUUGUAAUAUUGUACUCUUUAAUGUA